AUGAGUACUAUCUCUGUUCUCGCCUUUUCGUCGCAGGAGCCUACAACUGCAGGCAGCGACUGCAGCUUCGACUCCCAGAACGCAUUCGCAAAUCAUGACUGGGCGCUACAGGUCGAGUCGGCAGUCAACAAAUGGGUCAACAUCCGAAAACCAUACUCUGUGAGACAUCACCAAGCCCUCAGAGAGGUGCCGUUCGACACGUCCCACGACUACUGGAUUGAUGCUGCCUUAACAUCUCUCCAGAAGAAGAACAUCGUCCCACCCUUCAACAUAGAAAAGUUUCACCAGUUCGUUAUUGACUCACUAGCGAAGAUGCCGUCCGCCACUUUCCGACGUAUGUCCUUCGGUACCACUGAGCUCGACUAUCUCUCGAUGAUGGGAAACAGCGCCGAAGUGAAGAAGAUGCUUGAGCCUGUCAAUGGAGCUGGGAGGACUACGACUCGGACUGGACCCAUUGCUUCGUUCUGUAAGUCGAGAGACUACUUUGUCGGGCUGGACUAA